CACAAAACACACAAUACACUGUAAAUACCAAGAUGACAACAUUCACUAACAGGACCAGGUGAAAAUGCAAUACAUUGCACAUAACACAAAUAGAUAAGAAAUUAGGUCAGUUGUAAACCGUGUACCAGUGAAGCCCUUGGAUGUAAAAUUUUAUGACGUCACUAAAGCAUUGGCACCUCAGAUCACGAACUUUUAAAGACGUCUGGUCUACCAGUCUUAAUGUUAAACGACUACGCUUAGCUUUGCCGUCAUUCAGAAACUGUGACUGUGAGUUAAUGAACUUAUUAUUAAGCUUUGAUCCCAGCUAUUAGGUGUACCUAAUAAUGAUUAAAUAAAGGCGUUUCAACAAAUAUGUUUACGCCCUUACUUUUACUUGUUAAAAUACUAAAUGAAAAUGAAAUAUUUCUGAACCCCGAUUAACUUAAGUCUAAGUCUUAAGAUACCCCGGAGCAGCAAAUUAAACAGUAUGCAUAAAUGUGCGUGUUUUUUGCUGGGGGGGGGGGGUGGUGUGGAGUAUACAUGGCCCUGAGCCUGGGCUGAAAAGUUCCAUACCACUUAUAAAACUGGGAAAGUGGCUUUUAACCUUUAUACACCCACAUCUCAAUUUCAAAAUCUUAAGUCUAAGUCUUAAGAUACCCCGGAGCAGCAAAUUAAACAGUAUGCAUAAAUGUGCGUGUUUUUUGCUGGGGGGGGGGUGGUGUGGAGUAUACAUGGACCUGAGCCUGAGCUGAAAUGUUCCAUACCACUUAUCAACCUGGGACAGUGGCUUUUAACCUUUAUGCACCCACAUCUCAAUUUCAAAAUAAUUUUCCCAAUGACAAAAAGUGCAAAUAAAAAUAAAUCUAAUUUUCUGUGUCACCUCUAGACACUGCCUCCUCUAUCCCAGGAACCCCUGCUCUGACACAUACAAUUAUCUACACAAAAAAUUCACACAAAUGUCUACAUAGAGAUAACAAUAGUUGCUAAUUUCUUCAGAACAAUAAAUCAUUCAAACAAAACAGUAAGGUCAAAAUGUAAAUCAUUAUUCAAUGCUAAAUUAUUUGUUAAAAUGUGAGAAGUUUAUAAAUCAGUUUUAAGCACUGUAAAUUAUAAAAAAAAAAUGGUUUGCUUAGUUUAAUCAAGACUUUCUUUAGAUACAAAUGUGAAUACAAACUAUAAUGGGGACAGAAGAAGAAAAGUUAUCAUUUUUACUCAAAGAUCAAGCAAAAAUGGAGAGAUAUUUCAAAAUUUUGGACCAGGAGCUGUUCUGUGAAAAGGUAGGUGGUCAGGGUUAAGUUUCAAAUGUAAAUAAUAUAAAGUAUUUUUUUAAAUGAUAAUAAGGAAAAAGAGAUUACAUAAAUUAAAAAAUAUAUUUUCGUCAAUUCAAUGAAUUCUUGAACCUUAAAAUGUCACAAAAUAUGAGAAUUAUUUAAUUACCUCUAUGGUGAGUGCUGUGAAAUAAAUCUUAAUUGUUAAACAAAGUGUGAAAUAUUUACAUUAAUUACAUUCAUUUCAUUGUGUAGAAUUUUUUUUUCAAACCUCCUGUUUUCUGAUAACAUGAAACUCACAUUUUUUCUUCAUAUUUGUCAUGAAUAUUGAACAUUUUUGUAACUGGUCUCAUCUUUUAUAUACCACUCCCAUCUCAGAUCAAUUUGAAGAAAGUCUUGGAAAUAUGUGAGCAGAAGUUCAAGGUCCCUACUACACCUCUGUUUGUAUACAGCAAAGCUCAGCUCACAGCAAACAUUAAAACAUACCAAGAUGCACUGAGACAGCUGGCCUGUCAAACCCAGCUCAAUUAUGCUGUCAAGGUUGGUGGUAAAAAAAAAAGAUUAAUUUCAUUGUUAUCCAAGGAAAGGUGACUAAAAAGCUUUUAAGUUCUCUCUAAAGAAAAUUUCAUAACCAUUUGAUAAUUAAUAAAACCAUAUGCUUUAAAAUAGGAAAGAAAAGUUAAUCUUUUUUAAAAACAAUCCAUAGAUUAAUUAUUGCGAUUUAUGAUUAAAUAUGGUUGUUUCUGAUUAUUCACCCAAAAAUAUAUACAUGCAUUCACAUAACACUGAUUUGAAUGCUCAAGAAAUUUAAAAAAAAAUUAAAUGGAAAACUUGUAUUACUAAAUUUUUAUAGUAACUGAAAAGUGACAUAUCUUCAUACCACAAUCAACAAGUUUGGGAACAAAGUGAUGGCUAAUUUGUUUAAAGGUACAUUUUUCUUGCCUUGUUACUAGGCCAACCCAAACUUGACCCUGGUAAAGACAAUCCAGUCACUUGGAGUUUCUGCCACACUCAUCAGUGGGAAUGAGAUCAGGCUGGCAUUAGAGGCUGGAUUCGAACCUUCACGUCUCAUGUACAAUGGUGGAGGUAAAUACACAUGGGAAACACGUCUAGCCAUUGAGGUUUGUUCAAGUUUAUUUAUGAUAAAAAAUGAACAUCAUGAAAUUCAUUCUAAAAUUUUGAUUCCAUCCUUGCUAACUAUGCCACUUAAAUUGCUAACCAGAAUAAACAUAUAUUUCUGGUAACAAUAAAUCAGACUGAAAUUAUUGAAAUGAUUUCUCAUCAUAUUCUGAACAUUCAACAAAUUAAUUAUUUUUUUUCCUCUUUUUAUUUCUAAAUUAAAUAAAUUACAAAUGCAUGCCAUUUUCACUUUUCAGAGAAUUUAUUUCAUGUAUAAUCUUUUGGAGCUAUUUAUCAUAAUCUAAUUAAUAAUUAUAACUAUUAUAUUUUUCUUUCUGUUCAGCAUAACUUGUUGAUUAAUGUGGACAGUGAAUGGGACCUGAGGCAAACCAUUGACAUAUGCCAGAAUGGCUUUAGUGAACCAAGGAAAGCUAGGGUUCUACUGAGGUUGAAUCUAAAUAUUGAUCCUGUGAGUUUCAAAAUGAAGUCCAAAAGAAUAUCAGGCUUAUUAUCAUCCAUCACUUAAUAACCAUAGAAACUCAAAUUACCAAUGUACUUAUCAAAUAUUUUUUUUUUGCCAAUAAUUCCUUAAAUUCUCAUAUUCAAGAAAAUUUGCUCAGAAAGUUUUUGAAAUAAUUCCUGAAGUUCUGGAUUUUUCAUAUAAAAUUUAUCAUAAUAAUAUUUGGAAUAGAGGCACUAUUUAAUUUAAGUUCAUAGCACAAAAUCGUUCAUAAGGAAUGACGGCUUCCCAAGCCGAAGCUCUUAUGGGUCCCCUCGGAAUCCCUAUUCUUGAACCCUUUUCCUAGAGGGGAGAUGCUGCAAAGUGGUACCCCGGAGAUGUUUCUAUUGGAUCCUAUGGUUUUGGCUCAUGCCAAUAAGAUGAUCUUAACUGGCAUCUUCUUGCCAAGGUCUCCUCAGAGCUGUCGACCACUUAGAUCCUAGAAGUGUUUUGGUUCUAAAUUGGUACUUGCUGCUCCUGGCCCCUACGUUAAAAACCACUUCACAAGAACAAGCUAGCGACGUGGCUGAAACAACUGCCUGGGAGACCCGUUUUAAGCAGGGAGUUGCUUUUUUGCAUCAUCGAAAACAUCUUUGUUAUAAUGAUGUGCCCUAAACUCUAUCCCCUAACAUGUGCCCUAAACUCUAUCUCCUAACAUGGGCCUUAAACCCUAUCUCCUAAAAUGUGCCCUAAACCCUAUCUCCUAACAUGUGCUCUAAACCCUAGCUCCUAAUAUUUUUGCCCAACCUUCCUCACCAAAUUAUCAGCGAGGCAAGCCCGGGAUAGGAGGAUGUGUACAGGUUUCCUUGGUUACUGCUGCAGGUUUCCUUGGUUACCGCUGCGGGUUUCCUCUGUUAGUGCUGCAGGUUUCCUUGGCUACAACUGUAGGUUUCCUUGGUUACUGUUGCAGGUUUCCUUGGUUACUGCCUACACCAAGGACCCAUUUCAUAAAUGCUUUCAUCUUAAUUAUUAUUAACAAUUAGUUUGAUAGCCUUACAAUUGCUAUGGUUUGUGAUGAUGUAUUUUUGUUGUUUACCAUCAUUUUUGUAAAGGCAGUCCAUAAAUUUGUGAAUACUGGAACAGCAGAUAGUAAAUUUGGACUUGAUGAUGAAGAGUCCGAGAAAUGUCUUCAGUUACUUCAGCAACCAGACUGCCCCACAGAACUGGUAGGACUGCACUCUCACUUGGGCUCUACUAUCUAUCAUAGUGAUGUCUUCAGGUAAAGUUAUCAUAGUGAUGUCUUCAGGUAAAGGUAUCCUCUGGGGCUCUCUGUGGGAUUGUUGGAUUUAAAUGAUAUUGUCUUCUCUACCUCCUUCAAUAUUGUUAUUAGUUAUUUGUGUUUAGGAGUCUCAGUGAUAAAAAAUUUUUACUUACAGUAACAAAAAUAAAUUUCUAAACAGUAACAAAAUAAAUAUCUAAACAGUAACAAAAUAAAUAUCUAACCAUACACUUUAUUUUUUAGAGUAUUUUUCUAAAACUUCCAUAAUAAACUUCCGAUGUGCACUUUGCAUUAUUGUAAUUGGAACUAUAAUAAUUGCCACUAUGACUAGUUUUUAUAAUAUAUUAUUACUAGAAAUAACUCAAAUAUUGGCCUCUGUAUAAAAAUAUGCAAUACAAUGGACACAAUUAAUAAUGAAAUUAUAUUUUUCUUGUAGUUUUAAUUAAGUGCAGCUAAUCAAAUGUUCAUGUUUUAAAUUCAAGCAAAUAAAUCAAGACAGUAAAAAAGUAGUAAACAAAUUAAAACAGAAAAAUUCAUCUGUUGCGUGAAAUUUUUACUGCAAAUUAUUAUUAUUAUUAUUUUUUUACAUCACAGAGUUAGCGUAGAAAAGUUAUUGGAAUGUCGAACAAAACUCCUACAGAGAGGCUUUGGCAAUGUCAAUAUUAUAAACAUUGGAGGUGGGCUAGGUAUUGAUUAUAAAUACUUGGUAAGUCAGAUAAUGUAAAAAUGUAUGUUAAAGAUUAGAACUACAGUGGAUUUUUAGUUUGACUUAUUAUGAAGCUUUUAAAGACUUUGAUGUUAAUGACCAUAUAUGUCAUAUCACAGUGAAUGUGAGGGCAGUCUGAUGUACAAGUGGCCCCCGGACACGUGGGGGGUUUCACGAGCCAGGCCAAUCCGCGUCCGUUGCUUAUCAACGGGGGGGUCCCUGAUCCUGGUUUUGACUUUAACGGUUACGAAUACGUCGGACCGGGGUCUUGGACGCUGCUCUUCGUGAGCGGUCGUGCAAGAGCGUCCUGCUCAGUCACGCUUCAGCAGAUAUUAAUGUCGAUGUCAAGCAAUGACCACAUAUUAUGUCAUAUCACACUGAAAGUGAGGGCAGUCUGAUGUCAAGCAAUGACCACAUAUGUCAUAUCACAGUGAAUUUGACAAUUUGACUAUUUAUCAUCAAGUUCUUUGCAUUUUCAUGACCAUUACAAAAGAUCCUACUUAUAUAUAUAUAUAUAUAUUUAUAUGAACUUUCUCAGGAGUGCGAAACUAGGCCAUGGCGUUGUGAAUCUGAGACCAAUCAAGCACGGCUAAUCACAUUAAGAGAUUUACUGCUGAAGGCUAGAGGUAAUGGGAACUGAUCUAUGGACAACUGAGUUCAAAUCUCACAACUCUCAUCUCUGUUAUGGAUAGACCUAUUGUGAAAUUAAAAAAGUGCUGUAAUGCUUUUAAAUUCUCACAAAUUGAAUACCAUGACUUUUGUUUAUCAGACUAUUAAUGUGCUAUGAUCCCAAAUCUCCUAGACUUUUAGCAUUUAUUAAAAAAGUAAAAUUAAACUAGAACAGAUUAAUUUAUACAUUCUAUGGACAGAUAUUUGUAACAACUUUUUUGAUGUGUAAUUUCUUUUUAGACGUAGUCAUUUUAGGUUCUCAAAAAUAUCUAACCAAUUAUAGUUACCAGUUGGAUAAAAUCCAAGCUUUAUCCCAUUAUGGUUUUCACAGUCCUCAAUAAUAUUGUUACAUAAUAUUGUUUCCAAAAAUGAUUACUACAUAAAGAAAACUUCCCCAUCAGAUUUGCUACUUUGCUGCACAGUGUGCGGAGCUGCCAAGCAGAAUGCAGUGAAAGUCUGCCCCAUAUGCUUGCCCUUUUUCUUAAAAGGAUGUUUUCCCUGGACUGAUUCCUUUACGGCAGUGCUGUCCAACCUUUUUGACUUUAAGGAUCAAAAAUUAUUUUCUUCAAAGCCAAGGGCUGCACAUGAGAUCUAAAAAAAAAGCUAUUUUUAAAACUUAAAAAAAGAACUAUUCACAUUAUUAAUAUACCCAAUAGCACUAUCAGCUCACCAGGACUAUAAAUAAGCAAAUAAAAAGUGUAGCACUUAUUUAAUGAGAUAUUUAAAUUUGAAUUGUUCAUGCAGUUUUCUUAAUUUGAAGUAGUUUUCAGUAGCACCCGCUCUCAUUAGAUUUUUAUAAAUGUUCACAAAUUUCACAAGCUCUGUUUGGGCCAUUUAAAAUCAUUUCAUGGGUCACAUGGGUUCAGCUGGCUGGCCGGGACUGCUUUAUGGGGUUGAGGUGGUAUCCCUAGAAACUUAACAUGCCAGUUUCUCACCCGGGGGUUACAAAUAUUCACCACCUUUUAGUGAAUGGUGUUAUGCUUUUACUAUAAGUGGGAUGCCCAUUGUCUAUAUCUUAAUUCCCUUUUUAUGCAGCUGUAUUUAUUGUCUGACCCAUGCCAAAAAUUACUUGCAUGCUGCCAUGCUGAACUGACUCUUGGGAAAUUUAAUUGUUUCCUAUGCCGUAUAUGGCUCGUUAGGAUCAGUUAAUGCCACAUCGCUAUCUUACAAUUAAUGCGCCUACAGAUGAAAACCUAGAUACCCAGGGGCUACAGAAGUAUAUAAAGUCUUCUUUACUCAAUAAAUAUGUUUAUAUUUACCCCUAAUAACAAUAACCAUUACAUUAUUUCCCUUUUCAAGUUGAAGGUGUUGACAGUGAAGAGCAGAAAAGUAUACAUGAAAUGACCAAUUCUAUAAUAUCCUACAUAGCAGAGAGGUCUGUAGUUUUUACUAUUUUUAUUUUAAUUAUUUUUUUUUUUGCAUUCUACUUAGGGCUUGACAUAGGGGACACAACUGAAUAAAUUAAAUACUAACUGGAUGAUUGUCUAACACAAAUUGUUAUUUUUAGAGAUAAAGAAGAUUAGACAAUUAAGAAUAUCUUCAUAAGAAGGCAUUAGGGAUGCCUAACCCUAAUAGGUGGUGCUUCCUAAAUGUUGUUUAUUUAAAGUUGAGUCUAACAGUUGAAGGAAGUAAAGAGCAUCAAGAUUAGAGCAAGAAAUAUAAAUGUGUAGCAGAUAAAAUGACUGGUUAUUAAAGUACUGUCCCCCUUAUUAUUGCUGUGCUUUCCUUCUUAUUAUUGCUGUGCUGUCCCCCUUAUAGUUACUGUACUUUCCCCCUUAUUAUUGUUGUACUGUCCCCCUUAUUAUUACUGUACUGUCCCCCUUAUUAUUACUGUACUGUCCCCCUUAUUAUUACUGUACUUUCCCCCUUAUUAUUGUUGUACUGUCCCCCUUAUUAUUACUGUACUGUCCCCCUUAUUAUUACUGUACUGUCCCCCUUAUUGAUGUACUGUCCACCUUAUAAUGGUUGUGCUGUCCCCCUUAUUAGUGCUGUCAUGUCCUUCUUAUUAGGGCUGUCCUGUCCCCCUUAUUAUUACUGUACUGUCCCCCUUAUUGAUGUACUGUCCACCUUAUUAUUGUUGUGCUGUCCCCCUUAUUAGUGCUGUCAUGUCCUUCUUAUUAGGGCUGUCCUGUCCCCCUUAUUAUUGCUGUACUGUCCCCCUUAUCAAUGCAGCAUCAGCCUUGCUGACCUGAAGCAAGCAUCCAAGGAAUUUUUGAAGAACUGCCCAAGCUGGACAACAAAACUAGAGGAGAAUUCUUUGACUACCACAAAGGUGGGUAACUAAAUCUUUUUCUUUUUAAAAGAAAAUUAAUUAAAGAGACAGUUGAAUUUAUUUAAUUGCUAAGCUAAAAGAAAUAUACCAUAUUACAUUUCUUGUCUUUGGGUCUUUCUUAUUCCCGAAAGAUCAGUUAGACAUGAACAAUUUGUGUCAAUUUAACAAUAUAUGUUAAGAUUUAAUAAUAAUUUUACAUAACACACAAAUAUAUGGAGAAUAAAUUAAUAACAAGAUUUGGUAUGUUGACACCAUACGGGAUAAACCAAAUCCACAAAUUUACGUAACUUUUUCCUGUUUGUUUUUUUUUACAUUUUACUUCAAAUCACUUUCUUUACAUGCUUCUUUACUUUGUUUCUGUCUGAUUUUUUCGCCCACUCCCAUUUUUUCUCCUUUUUUAGGUAGGACAUAUGUAUAUAUAUAUAUAUAUAUAUAUAUAUAUAUUGUAAUUAAUUAAUACUUAUUUGAAUGUUUUGUUGUUAUACUGAUGAAGUCAUGUGCCGAAAAGUCUAUUUUUGUAUUAUGUAUAAUUGUUUUUAAAAAUUUACAUAUAUGUUAUAUUGACAAGAAAUUUUCAUGUCUAAUUAAUCUAUUUUUAAGCUUUAUCGCACUUUUAUUCCUGAAAGCUGAUUAGCUUUGUUUUGUAAUGAGUGACUUUUCAAGUCAUGUUAUAAAAACAGAAAACAUCUAAAUGUUUUUUCUUCUUCUAAUUAUGAAAUAUUGUUUUAAGCUAUCGAGGCUAAUCAGAAAAAGAACAAAAAAUAUUUUAAAUAUGUUUCUAUUUUAAAUGCUAUUCUGUUUUAUAUAUUGCAAUUCUUUGAAAAGUUGUAAAUUUAAUUUUCUAAGAAAAGGAUUUUAUAAAAAUGUACAUGAUGUGUUUAAAAUCUAUAUUUUAUUAGACUUUUAUUUGUUAUUAUAUAUUUGAUACAUGAACUAAAAAAAAAAAAAAAAUUAAAAUUGAGAUCUAAUAUUUUAUUUAUGAAAAGUCACUCCCCACAGUAAAAAUAAAUCUUAUUUAUCAAAGAUAGCAAAAUGAGUCAUAUAAUUUUAUUUUUUGAUGUAGUGUCUUCUUUCACUAUAAACUAUUUGAAUGCUAUUUUUGAUGCAAUAAGUAAUUUCAGCCCAAGCAUGCCACACCCUAUGACCUGAUGAACUCCAUACAAGAUUUACUCAGUGAUAAAACUUUGCAACUUAUAUUAGAACCAGGACGAUCAUUAGUUGCGAACACAUGUGUUGUGAUUUCUCGUGUCAUGGGAUGCAAGAAGACAUCACAGAAAAAGUAUUUAUUUUCUAUGUUAUCUUUGACAAGUUCAAGCAUAAGAUUGCAAAAGAUUUUAUCCUUAUUUAAAUAUACUAAGAUUUUCAAAUUUGACUAUUUCAUUUUAAAAUUGCCUUUGGGUAUAUAUAUAUAUAUAUAUAUAUAUAUAAAUAACAAAUUUGUAAACUGAUUAAUUAAAAGUUCAAAGCUGGAAAAGAAUUUCCUUUUAAAAAGGGGGAUGUGCAUCUUAGAAAUAAUUCGUAGGCCCUACCACGAAAAAAACAAAUAUCUCAAAUUAACAUGAUCAGCCUCCACUCUUACCCUUCCUUGCUUAAAAUGCUGGUUAUCACAAAGUCAUUAGCUUAGCAUAUGAGCUUAGUAUUAUGAGCUAAUAUUAUAAACUUAGCAUAUGAUCUUAGUAUUAUGAAUGUUGUUAAAUUAAAUUGGAAUUGGUCGCAUUUACCAUUUGUAGUCUUUAUAUCAAUACCUUUCCUCAAGUAUCAAAUCUAAAGAUGUAUUUAAAGAGUUAUGUUUUUUUAUUUUCACUGAUUUCAGGUUUGUUAUAAUUGAUGCAGCCAUGACAGAAAUUAUCCGCCCUUGCCUGUAUGGUGCUUACCACCAUGUUAGUGUUCUACAAGACUUAGCAUCCAGUCAGGUCAGCAAAGCUGUCUAUGAUGUGGUGGGUCCUGUCUGUGAGUCUUCUGACUUCAUAGCAAAGGUAACAUUCUAUUAUUUACCACAGGUUUAAAAAAAAAAAAAAAAAAGGAGAAAAUUUUCUUCAACCCACCUUUUUUUUUCAUGUAAACUUUUUUUUUUUUUUUUUUUUUGUGAGCACAAUGCAAUAAGCUAAGUUUUGUCCCUUGGAAAUAUGGCUGCUUUCUCCCUACUUCAAUGGUUGACUUUAAAAAAAAAAAAAAAGUGGACCUCAAAAGAAUAGCUACUUUGCAUGAUUGAGGAGAAAAUUGGUAUACUUGACUUUAUAUUCUUCUUCAGGACCGACUUCUGCCCAACCCUGAGAAUGGCCUGGUGGUCAUUCAUGAUGUAGGAGCCUAUUGUUACAGUAUGGCAUCCAACUACAAUAUAAGGGUAACUAGAUCAGUAAUAUAAAAUUAUUUCAAUAGAAGCAAUUAGACUUUGGGAGAGUACUGACGAUUUUUAAAUAAAAAUAUAUUUUUUUAAAAUCAGUAAAAGUAAAUUAAGGUUGAAUUAUAUGCUGAUAGAAAGAGUUCACAUAUAUAUGCUUAUGUUACAGAUGAGACCAGCUGAGGUCAUGGUCACUGUUGAAAAGUGUGACCUCAUCAGAAGACCAGACACAUAUGAUGAAUUUAUGACACCUUACAGAAUCUGAGACAGUAAUUCUGAGACCUGUGAUUUUAAUGGGACAUUAUUAUUAUAUGAUAUGUGAUUCUAAGAUUGUUCGAAAAUAUAUUUGCUUUUCAUUGUCUGUAGAACUGGUCUGAUUUUAAUUGAAAAGUUGACAAAAUUCAUCUCCAAUUUGUUAACAUAAAUAACAAUAAUUGCUUAUUUGGUUUAUAUUUCUUUUGUACAUGAAUUAGACUGUUAAAAUAUUGGAUACAAUUUCCACUCCUGGCCUUAGGAUUUAUUUUUACCUCUCUUUAAUGAAUUUUUACUUAUGUCAGUGUCAUUCCUACUGGAAUUCGGCACUGAUAGAAGAAGUGUUUAACUACUGUCAUAGCUACAAGACGGCAUAGUAAUAAAAUGGUAUCGUUAAAGCUUAAACGUCCUUUGUGUGCUAUAAAUGUUUAGUCAUGUGGUUAUAGAAUCCCUUACUCUUUUUCAAACUUUAUUUUAAUAAUUAAAGGGACGCAAUUUCAUAGAUUAAUUAUUUUUUUAUUACACUAAAUGAUCUCCCAUAAGUUAAAAUCUUUCCUGCCAGAAUACCAGAUUCCUUACAUUACAUUAUUUUGUCAAUAAGUGACCAUAACCAGCCAUUUUGCAUAGAACUUUAAGAGUUAAAUUAAUGAUGCUAUUAUUUUUUAUAUGAAUGUUAACACACAUUAAAGAUAUCAAUUUAACAAAUGAAACCUAGAGGUUUGACCCCCUCCUCCCCUUUAACCUCACAUACUCUACUCUUUAUCUUCAUACAUGUUGUUCCCUUUACCUCCCCUCUCCAUCCCUUCACUCACUCUCUGUAUUUUUUUAUCUGGCCAUGAAAAUGUUUGACACGCCCCCCACUCCCCCCCCCCC